GUUGGUGUAGCAUCGGCCAUUUCUGUUGGCACUACCGCUGUAUCUGUGGCUCCUGUGAAUCUAACAAAUAAUUUGAUAACGACCACAACCACACAGCAUCCUACCAUACAUUACCCUCCGAAUACUAACCGCCUGCCGCCAGGAACUAUUGUUAAAGUUGCCCAUGCCCCCAUCCCUCAUGGAGCGUCAUCUACCACCCAGCACACUCAGCUUCUUGUACCAGCUUCUGCAUCACAGCUAGGAAAAGUGACAGUCGUAGGAGGUGGUGAGCUUGUGGUGGGUGGCACUUCAAAUGUAAUAGUAGCAACAGUUCCUUCUCAAGUUUCCCAGGCCACAACAGCUGCCCAGCCACAUCUAUUAAACCUCACCUUACAUCACAGUCCCCAGAGUAAAUCUUCAGUUCUUCGUAAAUCUAAUUAAAGCUGAUAAGUUUAUUGUUAGUGUGGAUUUUAUAAUGUUUCUUUCCACAUGGCUGCUUCUUUGAUUCAUAGAUAUUAGGCAGUGUAAUAAAAAAUUCUUGGUGUCACAUCUACCAUACUUUCAUUUUUCCCCCCCUCUCUUUAAAACCAUUGGCUGUUGUGAUUUCCUUCAAAGAGAUAAUCUCUGGAUCUUCAUCAGACCUGAUGGAUGCUAAAGUACAGUACUACACACAUUCAGGUUUAAAUGUGAUUAUAGUUCUUAUGGUUUACUUAGUUUUGAAGAGAUAAUAAAUCCAGUAAAGAAUUUAAGCAGCAAAUAAUUAUACAGAAAGGUAUGUUGAUUUGGAGAAAAAGGGAGUGAAUUUAUGGUACAUUGAUAUCACCAGAGAUACAGUGUACCCACUUAUAGACUGUGCUGUCGAAAAUAAGAAAUCUAUUUCUAUUGUAUAGCUUCAUAUGUAUUAGAUGUUAGGGUAUUAUAUUUGUGUUUGAGAGUGUCUGUCAAAUAUGGAGUGAUGUUUUAUACAUGAAAUAUUUCAGGCUCAAAUAUUCAUCAGUGGAUGAUGAAAAGAAUCUGGAUAUAGUGCAUUUAGAUAUAUAGUAGCAAACCAUUUUUUACCUUUUAUGAUAUGAUAGUGGAUCUUUGACACAUUUCAUAUACAGUUAGCAAAUUAAAAGCUGACAUAUCUUUGUUUAGUUGCUGCUGAAAUUGCAUUAGAAACAGAUAUGUACAUCAGUUAAGAAACCUUUAUUGGUUUUACAUAAUUUAUUAAUAGAUUAGUGAUACCCGACUUUUAUACCUUGAGCAAUGAACUAACUGAACAUAACACAUUUUAUACUAUUCUGUAGGCUUUGUUGUACAAAUGAUCACUAUUCUUAAACCCUGAAUACUGACUCCAGGAUCAGUUAGAGCACACUGUAACAGACAGACACACACGCAAUGCUCUUGACAUAACUUAUCAUCUUUCGAUGACAGAUAUUUAUUAUUUUGUUUACAAGAUAUGAAAAUUACCCUUGGGUAUAAUUUUUGGGAAGUAUUACACUAAUGACAGUAUGCUUGGAUAUGUUUAUUGCUAAGUGUUUCAUAUCUCCAAUGUUAACUUUUAAUAGAUAAACCAAUAAUCCAACUGUGUCAUUUGAGGUAUUGGCAUUAAUUGCUGUAUGGCAAGUGCAGUGACAAUCAUAAAAUGAUGCUCAACAGAAUGCAGAUUUAUUUGUUUACAAGUAAGUCACUUUAGAAAAAUAAUUAUUUUAAUGUUGCAAAGGGGAUGAAUCCAUUGUUACAUUAGAUACCUGAGAGAGACUGUGUACCAUAGACCCGUAUUAACCUAUGUAGUGUUUAUCAAGCGUAACUUUUCCAUAUGCACCUUGUGAAAAAGGCAAGUUGGGAAUCAUUUCUUUUAUCAUCAUUAAUUCUGUAACUAAUGUAACCUUGCAUAAGAUGUUCCUAUUCCCAUAGUCUGAUUACUAGAUAGUAUUCAUCAUAAUAUAAGUAGGCUAAUUAACAAGCAACAGUCUCUCUACAAUGGUAAGUUUAGCUUCUUGUAAGCCCUUGAUUAAAAAUAUUUUUUUAGUUUCCAGUUGUCUGGUGAAAAAUCAUCAAUUAUUGCUAAGAUUUAGAGAUGGGAAAAAAUAAAUAUUGUCAUUUAUUUAAAAAUAAACUUUGUAAAAGAAAUAUACCCAAGGAUAUUUCUCUUGAAACAUAAUAUUGAAUUAAAUUCCACAAUUUUUAUUCUUAAACUUAUGGUAUAAACUGUAUAGCCAUAAUUUGGUUGAAAUGAUGUACUAUACGUAUGUAUAUCAGAGAGUGGUUAGUCAGUAAGAUUCAAUUUUUUGUUUAAUUUUGUGACUACAGCUGGUUCCUCAAAAUCACAAGUAACAGCUCACUGAAAUGUAGUUUUUUGAGUGAAUAUCAUUUAGUAGAAAAAUUCCAGAUAUAUCCCAUUGUGAUGACAUGGAUAAUUUAUAUAUUUUAAACUGAAUGAUUCUUUACUAAAGAUACAGUAUGGUAUCUUUAUUCAAGCAUGUUCAUUCUUGAUUAGUUUCAUAUGAUGUUUACCAACCUGUUGAUAGUGAUUGUAUUAUUUAUAUUUACUUGUCAUUAGUACAAAAGAGUUGAUGGAAAAUGUGAUUUUUUAAUCUCUCAGAGUAAACAAAAAGUUCACUGUUACAAAAUUGGAUACAAAGCAGCUUAAUAUUUAAUUGUUAAGAAGUUACUUUCAUUGAUCCUGCAAUGUGAUUAGUAGAACUUAUGUGAUGAAUUCCUUUAGAGUAUAAAAUUAUUUUGUAGUUAAAUGGUCUAAUACUUUUGUUAUUGUUACAUGUGGAUUGGUAUCCUAUAAGCACAAAUUUUUAUAUUGUUGUAUGAUUAAAUCCUACCUAAUACUAAAUGCACUUGAAUGAAAAACAGUUUUAUAUGAAGUAGUAUUAGUGUUAAGAUUAAGGUACUGUAUACAGGUAUUUAGAAUCACUAACUUGGUUGGAUUUUGAAAGCUUAGAUGUUUUUCUAGAACUUUGCUCUAAAAAAGAUACAUCUGUACCUGUUUGUAAAUUAAAAUGUUGUUGUUU